AUGUCUGUAAAACAAAGUGAACUUCUGGACUUGUACGAGACAGGAAGGAAAUUAGGUUACCAGAAGGAAGAACUUGAAGAAUGGGUUGCCAGAGCUUUCCGGCAAAACGAAGAAAGGGACGCAAGAGCAGAGGAGAGAAGAGAAAAGUUCAGAAUGCAGGAAGAAGAAACACAGUUCAAAAGAAGAAUGGAGGAACUGCAGGUGACAGCAAAAAUCAAGAUGGAGGAACACGAAUCUAAGGCACGAAUUGCAAAGGAGUCCAAAACAGCUGAAGCCAACGACGAACCCAACAUCAGAAAUACAAGGCGCACAAAAAUGCAGAAGUUUGUUGAAGGGACAGACAGAAUGGAUUCAUUCAUCCAUAGGUUUGAAAUGCUGAUGAGGCUGGAAGGCGAAUCCCAGAAAGAAUGGGCCAGAGAACUCCUCAGCCUAGUGGGUGGAAGAGCACUAGAUGCGCUGCAGGUGCUGAAUGACAAGGAUGUGGGAGACUACACCUUGCUGAAAAAGACUCUUCUAGAGUUUUACCAAUGCAGUGAGGACGACUAUAGAAGUAAAUUCCACGCUCUGAAACCACCGAACGACGGCAACAUGAAACAAUUUGUCGGCGAGGUGAAAGCUACUUUCGAGAAAUGGUUUCAGUCCUCAGGCAUUGAGGAAUCUUUUGAGAACUUGAAACAGUUCAUCAUAAUAGAUAAAAUAAUUUCGUCGGCUGGGGAAAAUCUCUUUGCAUUCCUCCAAGAAAGAAAGCCCAGACAUGUGGACGAAGUCCUGUACCUAUGCCAAAGAUACGUUGCUGCUCAUCCUGGCGAAAGUUUGCAAAAAGCUCCUGUGGAUCAAGCAAGUGCAUUGUUUGUCACAACGGAAUCCAAAUUUACAGAAUCUAGUACAACAGAUUCAAGACAGAGUAUAAGAUGCUAUACAUGUGGUAGAUUUGGACACGUGGCGAAACAAUGUAGAGACACAGGCAGAAGAAUUUAUAAGAAAAAGGAAGUAGUGGCUUAUGUAGGCGGGCUAGAUAACAACCUGUCACCAUAUGUCAGCCCUGCAAUCGUAAACGGCCAUUACAUCCAGGCAGCCCUAAGAGAUACAGGGGCCACAAAAUGUGUAGUGUUGGCAAAGUUGGUGAAUCCUAAUCAAUAUUGUAGGAAACGUUGCAGAGUUCAAGGUUUUGGUGGCCACAUUAAGGAGUAUCCGACGGCCAAAGUACAUAUCAACUCCCCAUACUUCAACGAAAUGGUGGAAGUAAUAGUGGUGGAUGAAGGACCAUUUGAACUGCUGAUAGGAAAUGUUCCUAACAUUGGUUUUCCAACAGAGUCUCAAAUUACCAAAUGGAAAGAAACUUAUAGCUGGUGGCCGAGACAAGUAGAAGUAGAGGAUAUGGAACAACUAAACCGAUGUCAUGAAAAUACAAAUGUAGUACAAGAAACGAUACACCAAGUAGAAACCAGGCAACAAAAACUAAUCCGAGAACAAAGAAAUGAUAAGAAAGAUACUGACCAGAUAGAUGAUAAACCCAAACUUUCAGUUGACUUUUUCUGCAAUCCAUUUCAAAACGGCCUACCAUCAAUAGCUGACCUUCGUGAUAGCCAGAUGAAUGACAUGGAGAUCGCCAACAUCAUCCACAAGCUACAAGGUGGCGAUACAAAAAUAGGCCAACAAUAUGCCAUGCAUAAUGACAUUCUUGUCAGAAAGUGGACAGAAAAAUCAUCACUUAAUGGCAGCACUGACGAACAGACCCUUAAAAUUGUCAUACCUAAUGUGUUCCGGUCUGAAAUAUUAAGGCUUGGUCAUGACAUCCCUAUGUCCGGACACUUAGGGAUUGACAAAACACGGCGACGCAUAUACAAACAUUUCUACUGGCCAGGCAUUAACAGAGAAAUAGCUGAGUACUGCAGAUCAUGUCAUGCCUGCCAAAUCACAGGAAAGCCUAAUCAAUCGCCUCCAAAAGCGCCUCUUCAAGAGAAUAUAACACCAAAAGAACCAUUUUCACACAUCCUUAUGGACUGUGUUGGUCCAUUGCCAAGGUCAAAACGAGGAAACCAGUACCUUCUUACCAUAAUGUGCAAGACUACGCGCUAUCCAGAGGCAGUACCAUUGAGAAACAUCAAGGCAACAACCAUUGUGACAGCAUUGUCAAAAUUCAUCACAACGUUCGGGUUGCCAAAGGUUAUACAGACCGACCAAGGCAGCAAUUUUAUGUCAGACAUCUUCCAACAGGCACUUCGCCAGAUGGGAAUUGAACACUCGGUUUCAACGGCAUAUCACCCCGAAAGCCAGGGUGCCAUCGAACGCUUUCACCAAACACUGAAAAACAUGGUGAGAACGUACGCUGAGACCGAGACAAACACUUGGGAUGAAAACAUUAACUUCUUACUGUUUGCUCUACGCGAUGCCCAGCAAGAAUCGACAGGGUUCAGUCCAUUUGAACUUGUGUUUGGACACUCGGUACGAAGUCCAUUGAAUAUAAUUAAAGAAAACUGGAUACCAACUAAGGAGGAAACGAAAGACUUGAGGGUAUAUGUUAGAGAUCUAAGGGACAAACUCUUUAGAAUUAAUGACUUGGCUUAUAGCAAUCUUAGAGAAAGCCAAAAUAAGUCCAAAUCUAUUUAUGACAAGAAGGCCAAACAAAGACAGUUUAAAAUAGGUGACAAAGUAUUAUUGGAAACGGCAACGGAAGGUGAUGCCCUUCAGAAAAUGUAUGAUGGGCCAUACGAGGUAGUGGGCAAGGAAAGUGAUGUCAACUACACCGUACAUGUCCCUGGUAAAAGAAAAGGAAAAAUUCGAUAUCACAUAAACAGGUUAAAGAAAUUUCACGAAAGAUCCUCAGAUCAGGCAACUGUACUAGCUAUUAUAAAGAGUUCAGUCCCCAUGGGAAAAGAGAACCAGGUAUAUGCAGAUACCGUUCUCGACAAAGAAAUCCCUACAGUUAAGAUAAAAAAUUCUGAAGCCCUGUGUAAGUUGUCAGAAAAAUUAGAACAUCUUAGUCAACGAGAAAGGGAAGCAAUCAGUGAUUUAAUCGAAGCGUACCCGCAGCUGUUUUCUGAUGUGCCAAAGCAGACAAACUUAGUGAUACAUGAAGUUAAUGUAGGGGAUGCAACUCCUGUGAAGCAACACCCUUACAGACUUCCUCUCGCCCAAUCUCAAUUCCUAACUUCUGAGAUAAACUAUAUGCUGGAAAAUAACAUUAUAGAAAGAAGUGAAAGCCCAUGGAGCUCACCAUGCGUGUUGGUACCUAAACCUGAUGGUACAUAUAGAUUCUGUACUGACUAUAGAAAGGUGAAUCUAGUGACCAAAGCAGAUGCAUUUCCAAUUCCCCGCAUUGAUGACUUAAUCGAUCGAGUUGGACAGGCCACCUAUGUAACAAAAGUCGAUCUCUUGUCUGGGUAUUGGCAAGUUCCUUUAUCGGAGGAGGCGAAACAAGUUUCUGCCUUUUGCACUUCAGAUGGCCUAUAUCAGUACAAAGUUAUGCCUUUUGGUAUGAAAAACGCUCCAGCUACUUUCCAGAGGUUGAUGAACAAAGUUAUUGCCGACAUCCCAAACUGUUCAGCCUAUCUUGAUGAUUUAGUCAUAUACCAUGAUGACUUUGAUGCUCAUCUGGCUUGUCUAAGGACUUUAUUUCAAAAGCUGACGAACUCUAAUCUUACUAUUAACCUUAACAAAUGUGAUUUCUGUAGAGCAGAAAUACAAUAUUUAGGCUACAUUGUGGGUAACGGGAAAGUUAAACCUAUUCAGGCUAAAGUGGAAGCCAUUCAAGAGUACCCUGUACCUAAAUCUUUAAAGGAAGUCAGAAGGUUUUUAGGUAUGACAGGAUACUAUCGUAAGCUUUGCUGUAAUUAUUCAGUUAUAGCUGUCCCAUUAACUGACCUCCUGAAAGGGAAAAGGAAAUUUCAGUGGAACACUUCUGCUCAAAGAGCUUUUGAAGAGCUGAAAUGUGUUCUCAGUACAGCCCCAGUUUUAAAAGCAAUUGACCAUUCUAAACCUCUCAUUUUGCAUGUUGAUGCAUGUGACUCUGGGGUGGGUGCGGUCUUGACCCAAACCGAUGAAACUGGCAAUGAACACCCAAUAUCAUUCUUUUCCCAAAAAUUUAAGUCGCAUCAGAUGCACUAUGCUCAUCUGGCUUGUCUAAGGACUUUAUUUCAAAAGCUGACGAACUCUAAUCUUACUAUUAACCUUAACAAAUGUGAUUUCUGUAGAGCAGAAAUACAAUAUUUAGGCUACAUUGUGGGUAACGGGAAAGUUAAACCUAUUCAGGCUAAAGUGGAAGCCAUUCAAGAGUACCCUGUACCUAAAUCUUUAAAGGAAGUCAGAAGGUUUUUAGGUAUGACAGGAUACUAUCGUAAGCUUUGCUGUAAUUAUUCAGUUAUAGCUGUCCCAUUAACUGACCUCCUGAAAGGGAAAAGGAAAUUUCAGUGGAACACUUCUGCUCAAAGAGCUUUUGAAGAGCUGAAAUGUGUUCUCAGUACAGCCCCAGUUUUAAAAGCAAUUGACCAUUCUAAACCUCUCAUUUUGCAUGUUGAUGCAUGUGACUCUGGGGUGGGUGCGGUCUUGACCCAAACCGAUGAAACUGGCAAUGAACACCCAAUAUCAUUCUUUUCCCAAAAAUUUAAGUCGCAUCAGAUGCACUAUAGCGUGGUAGAAAAAGAAGCACUGGGUCUUGUUUUGACAGUUCUUCAUUUCAGCUACUAUAUAAAUAGUAAUCUGUAUCCUGUAACAGUAUACACAGAUCAUAACCCCCUAACUUUCAUUAACCAAAUGAGGGGGAAGAAUCAACGGAUCCUGAGAUGGAGUUUGACUCUCCAACCGUUUGAUCUAAAUAUUGUACAUGUAAAAGGGAAAGAGAAUGUAGUUGCUGACGCUCUGUCAAGAGUGUAG